CUGCGGGCUGGGUCGGGUGGAAGUCAGGCCCCCGGGGAUCCGGCCGGCCCUAGCUGUCACUCAGACUACCCUGGAGCCCCCGCAGACGCCCCGCUCGCCGGAAAGGGGGCGAGGCAGCGGCAGUGCAGGGAGGGUGGAGUGGGGAAGGGGCGUCGCCCCGUUCGCCCCCGCCCUCUCCGAUUCAUUGGGCCGACGCUGCGGGGUCCGCGCCACCUUUUCUCCAUCCCACCGCGUCCGCUCGGCUGCGCUCCUCCGGGGGCCGGUGCGGCCCGGGCCGUUGACGUCACCGCCAAGUUUGCUGCCCUCCGCGCCCCACGUGUGGCAGCGGCGACAGUCGGGAGGCGGCGGGGGAGCGCCUGCGAGCGCAGUGGCGCGGCCGUUGACAGGUCUCGCGCCGCCCAGCUCCGGCACGCCGCUCCCAGGUGGAGACCGAAGGCAGUUUGGAGCAGCCGGGUGCGCGCGAAGAGGGGUGCACGGCCCGCCGCGGGCCUCGGGUUCCCGCUGGGGCAGAGAGAGUCGGUGGGACCUCGCAGCGGGGCGCAGAGGGCGCGCCCGGGCGGCCACGGGCACGAAGGAAGGGACAAUCGCUCGCAGCUGUCUGCAGCGCACGGAACUCCGCGGCCCGGGAGCCUUGAGUGCCCUCCCCGUGACCGAGCGAGGGAUGCAGGAUCGCUGAGCGGAGACCCGCGCCGAGAGGCCGCUCGGGGCCGGCGCUGAGACGCACGCCUUCGCGGCCGCCGCCGCCGCCAGGACCCCCGAUCCGGCGACUCUCAGAGAACCGGGGCGACCCCAAGGCUCUGGACUCGGGCGAGUCUAAGACGAUGGUUUCUUAAGCACCGCACCACGACCCCCUCCCGCCCCCUCGACCGGAGGCAGGGAUCCCGCGCGGGACGCCGGGGGCUCAGUUCCCCCGGGGCAGCUCGCACGGCUGCAGGGACGCACGGGCGAUGCGGGGCCCCCCGCAGGAGGUCGCGGCACCCGGCGGAGUCCCGGCCUAGCAUGGCCCGCGCGCGGCCCGACGUCGCCUCCGGCUAGGAUGGCCCCUCCGGGCCCGGCCAGCGCCCACCCCGCCUCCGCCGAGCCGCUGUCCCGCAGCAUCUUCCGGAAGUUCUUGCUCAUGCUCUGCUCCCUGCUCACGUCCCUGUACAUCUUCUACUGCUUGGCCGAGCGCUGCCAGAGCCUGGCGGGCCCGGCGGUGCGGCUGUCGGGUGGCGGCGACGAGGCGGGGGCCCCGGGACGCGGCGCCCUGGCGGGAGGCCCGAGGGAGCUGGCGGUGUGGCCGGCGGCGGCGCACAGGAAGCGCCUCCUGCAGCUGCGGCAGUGGCGGGGACACCGGCUGCCCGCGCUGCGCGACGACGGCGAGGAGGCGGCCUGGGAAGAGGAGCCCCCCGGGCUGACCGGAGGUCCCGGCGGCUCCGGGGCCGGGAGCAGCGUGGCCGAGGCCCCGCCGGGGACCCUGGCCCUGCUGCUGGACGAAGGCAGCAAGCAGCUGCCGCAGGCUAUCAUCAUCGGCGUGAAGAAGGGCGGCACGCGGGCGCUGCUCGAGUUCCUGCGCGUGCACCCCGACGUGCGCGCCGUGGGCGCCGAGCCCCACUUCUUCGACCGCAGCUACGACAAGGGCCUCGCCUGGUACCGGGAACUGAUGCCAAGGACCCUGGAGGGCCAGAUCACCAUGGAGAAGACCCCCAGUUACUUCGUCACCCGCGAAGCGCCCGCGCGCAUCUCGGCCAUGUCCAAGGACACCAAGCUCAUCGUGGUGGUGCGGGACCCGGUGACCCGCGCCAUCUCGGACUACACGCAGACGCUGUCCAAGCGGCCUGACAUCCCCACCUUCGAGAGCCUGACGUUCAAGAACCGCACGACGGGCCUCAUCGACACGUCGUGGAGCGCCAUCCAGAUCGGCAUCUACGCCAAGCACCUGGAGCACUGGCUGCGCCACUUCCCCAUCGGCCAGAUGCUCUUCGUGAGCGGCGAGCGGCUCAUCAGCGACCCGGCCGGCGAGCUGGGCCGCGUGCAGGACUUCCUGGGCCUCAAGAGGAUCAUCACGGACAAGCACUUCUACUUCAACAAGACCAAGGGCUUCCCCUGCCUCAAGAAGGCCGAGGGCAGCAGCAAACCCCACUGCCUGGGCAAGACCAAGGGCAGGACCCACCCCGAGAUCGACCGCGAGGUGGUGCGCAGGCUGCGCGAGUUCUACCGGCCGUUCAACCUGAAGUUCUACCAGAUGACCGGCCAGGACUUCGGCUGGGAUGGAUAACCGUCUAAUUUAAAAAGAAAAAAGAAUAUCAAAGUAUAAUAUAUUUUUUUACCAAUCGGUAGAGGAAAGGCAGUUUAAUAUUUGUGCUGAAAAUGUUUGUUUCAGUAUUUUUUUGUUUUUUGUUUUUUUUCCCCAAUGAAUGUUAAGAGUGUUCUCACCUCUGCCCCCAUCUUUGUGGGUCACGGGCAUGGAACAUUUGGAUAAACAAAGAAGGAAAACCUCACGCAUCGAAAUACUUGCAAUUUUUGAUUUCUGUUUUAUGUUUUAUAUGCACAGUUCUAGACUCUGAGCGUCGGUCGCCGUGAAAACUUUCAAAGAAGUCCUAAGGGUAAAUCUGUCUCUGUUUCUGUCUCUGCUUCUCUCUUUCUGUCUCUUUCACAGGUCCCAGAUAAAACUCUCUCUCUUUAUAUUUCCUCCCUUUUCGUUUUUUUCCUUUUCUCGAAAACCAUUUCCCAGUUAAUAAUACUGCACGUUUGCCCACCAUCUCACAGCUAACCACAGUGUUUUCAAAUAAAACACCUUCCGUAUUUAUGCGGUGCGGUAGAAGAACAUAGCAGAGAUGAUGAUCCCCAUUUUACAGAUAAGGAAACUGAGUCUCAGGGAGGUUGGGCAAAAACCCCACCGUCCACUUGUUCCCUUUCCCAUGCCCCUUUUUUCAGAGAUAAUGAGAAGUAACACAGCUCUACUUUUAGAAACGGUUCACUAGUUUGGGGAUGAUUGGAGACAGGACAGAGAGGGUUUCCUGUUGCCUUCGAAAGUUCCUGGCCAGCCCUAUGAUGCUCUGUCAUGAGGAAUCACCAGGGUUCAAGGACACCUGGGCACAUUAUCUUUUAAGAGCCAGUCUUGGCAAGUUGAAAUGCCCUGAGGUUGGAACUCUCGGAUUGACUGAGGCUCAGAGAAAUUACUGGAUUCUUAUUUGGAGAACGAGAUGGACAAUCACACUAGGAACAAGACAAAAAGUAUUAGGAACUAAUUAGUAGUUUUGGUUUUGACUUUUUUUUUUUUAUAUAAGAAAAACACACUUUAGUAAGGGCUUACUGAAUGAAUCUCAUUUUCCUUUACCAUGUUUUUUUUUUUUUUUUUUACCUCUUUUUUUAACAAAGAAAAUCUGCUUCUCUUUGUAAUAUCUAUUUCUCAUCCUGGAGCUAAUACUAAAAAGAUGAAUAAAUGUUAUUAUUUUUCAUGAGUGGAGGACUGUCACUUUGUCACUUUACUUUCCCCCACUUCCUGUUCGCACCAAGAAUAACGGAAUAUUCAUGAAUAUUUGGAAAAUAUUCUAAGAAAUACAGAUGUGAGUAAAACGGAGGUUUUUCUUCUCCCUUCUAGUUCUCUCGUUCCCCAUUUAAAUAGCUCGAAUAAAUCAAUAGUUUAUUAACAGUAUUCCUUUCCUCUCUGAGUGGGCAUUAACAAGAUUAGCAUUAAUGGGAAUUAAAUUGGUUUAGAGAGAAGCACAUAUGCACAAAAUAUAUAAAACAUUUAUAAUUAGUCUGUCAGCAACAUUUUAUUACAGGUUUAAACCCAAGAGGAAAAUGUCUCCUAUCUUGUGGAAGUUUUUCAUAUCUACUGAAAAUUUAAAGGCGCAGACACUAUGGUAUUCUUAAGUAGUUAUUCUUUAUUUCUCCAGGGUUGUCAGUCCAAGGAAACUAAAGUUGCUGGAAAACACGCAGAGUGCAAAUGGGCAUCAACCCUAAAAGCUGCAUCAGGUGAAAUAAAUCUUCCUGAGAGGGCUAACACGGGAUUAAAAUGCAGGCAAAAAGGGGAAAGAUUUCUUAAGUGUCUAGAUAUUCCAACAUUGCUCCAAACCUUUGAAUUUCUGUGUGAUUAUUCCAUUUAUGAGGAUUGAAAAGAAAAAUAAUUCCCCGGUCUCCUUUGCCCAGUAGAUUUUCUUCCCUUCUGGUGCCCUUAGUUUUCCAAUGCAACACCCUGUUUUCACUGUACUUAAAUCAUCACUUCUAGAAACAAGAUACUCCUCUUAAACUCUUUCCAUUUUUUUCUCUUAACGCAUUUUGUUUGUGCCUCUGAUCCUUUUGUAAGCAUUUGCUUGGCAAUAGGCAGACGAGGCUUGCACAAGGAAAGGAGUGCAUCUAAAAAUUGUAUUGAACAAUCUUCCUCUUUCUGUGUGAAGAAAUAAUAAAAGAACAGAAUUGAGUUCAAAGCA